AUGACAAAACAGAAGCUUCUGCUUGAUGGGACGCUCGCCUUGUUUCUGAUCAUGGCCUGUGAAGCUCAGCAUCUUCCGAGGAGUCAUGUUGCUGCUAGUUCUGGUUCCCUGUGUGAGAAGGAGGCAGAGUCCUGGGGAAACCUUUUCAGCAGUGAGCGGCUGGAUGCUUGGAUCUGUUCCCUCAUCGGUUCAUUCAUGGUGGGACUGAGUGGGGUUUUCCCCUUGCUGGUGAUCCCAUUUGAGACAGGAGCUGCUCUGCAGUCAGAAGCUGGAUCACACCGUUUGAAGCAGCUGUUGAGUUUUGCAAUUGGUGGACUAUUGGGGAAUGUGUUUCUGCACCUGCUUCCUGAAGCCUGGGCCUACACAUGCAGUGCAACAACAGGAGAAGGGCAGAGCUUGCAGCAGCAGAAGCUUUUGGGUCUCUGGGUUAUCAUUGGUUUCCUGACCUUCCUGGUGCUAGAGAAAAUCUUCCUAGAGAAAGAAGAGGAGUGCCCUGGUGUGGAGUGUGAUUCCAAAGCACUUGCUGGACAGAUUUCCAAUGGAAGGGUAGCAGGCCAAUUCCAAACAGCAGGAACUCAGUGUAAUGGCUCUUCUCUCCAGUCUUGUCCAACAAACAACAGAAUCAAGAUUAGUGGAUACCUCAACCUGCUGGCCAACACCAUUGAUAACUUCACACACGGCCUGGCAGUAGCAGCCAGCUUCCUGGUUAGCAGAAAGGUUGGGUUCCUCACCACAAUGGCUAUUCUCCUGCAUGAAAUCCCACAUGAGGUUGGAGACUUUGCAAUCCUACUUCGGGCUGGCUUUGAUUGCUGGAGUGCAGCCAAGAUGCAGCUUUCCACAGCACUGGGGGGAAUUCUAGGAGCCUGCUUUGCAAUAUGUGCUCAGUCACCAAAGGGAGCAGGUGAAACAGUAGCCUGGAUCCUCCCUUUCACUUCUGGAGGAUUUCUGUAUAUUGCCUUGGUAAAUGUUGUGCCUGAUCUUCUGGAGGAAAAGAAUCCUUGGAACUCCCUGCAGCAAAUUCUGCUCCUGUGUACAGGCAUUACAGUCAUGGUGCUACUCGCCCUCACAACUGAGUGACCUCUGCGCAGACCUCAUGAUGCCUCCCAGAGCCACAUAGUGACUCUGAGCUGUUACAAAGCAAUAAGGAACACUAAUGUUACUUCCUACCUGUGCGCGUGCAGAUCUGGCUGCUAAUAUGAGAAGCAGGUGAGAAAGAGGUCUGUGUGUGCAGGACUUAAUUCCCUGGCUCUCAUAUCCCUGUUCUGCUAAAAUCCACACAUCAGGGCUUCUGUUCUUUUUGUUGGUUAGUUGGUUUUUAUGGGGCAAAAGAUACACUGGUCAGAGAUGAACUGAACUGCUCCAGAAUGAAUGAACUAUGUUUGGUUCAGUUAAUUCUGAUGGAACUGC